AUGUGCCUUCUUUUCCCUUCUACCCUCAGUGGCGCUGCUCUAAACUGGUUUUAUCGGCUGAACCCCCGCACGAUCAACUCAUUUGAUAGCCUGAAGCAGACAUUACUAGACCAUUUUAUGAUCCAGAUUGAUCAUCUAUAUUCUGCGGAUGACUUGCACAUGCUUCGACAGGGUGAAGACGAGCCCCUCCGAGAGCUGCCAUCCACGCCAAGGCCGAGUAUUUCAACUCCAAGUGUGGCCCAGCCAAUCAGUCACGAAUCACCUUCGACGACCCUCCACAGGCCCCAGGCCUCAGCCUCCACUCCCACCAAAUCGAACCAUUAUUCCCCUGCUCCUGACUCUCAGGGUGGCCAGAACCCCAAGAGAAAGGAUGGUUACUCACGUGGCUUCAGCGAGCGCGGCCGACACUCCAAUCAUCACCCCUCCAGCGGCGGUAACCUCCCGAAGACACACGAUCGUGCCCAGCUACCCUUUGAGCCUAAGCCUCGGUUCGAGGUCUUUACCACACUAAACACCACCUAUAAGAGUGUGUUGGUCAAUGAGGCACUGAUCAUACCUAAGCCUCCUCCCCGACGACCCACCAACAAACCUAUCCCAAACACUGGCAUCUUCUGCCGCUUUCACCAAUUCAAUGGCCAUAAUACAGAAUCUUGUAUCGCUUUGCGCAACAUUAUUGAAGGGCUCAUCUGCAAGGGGAAAUUAGAUAAGUACGUCCACAAUCCUCCACCUUCCCCAAACCCCUACCAGAGCCAGAUCAACAUGAUCUCUACCAUCAGCGAUGGCCCUACCCUGGUAGGAACUUCCAACAACUCCCUCAAACGUUAUGUCCGAUCUUCCUAUGCUCAUCAGGUUUUCAGCACUGAGCACAGGCGCAUGCCGAAUGCCUCUAGAAGUGGCCCGUCCCCUAUCACCUUCAGCGAAGAAGAAGAGCGUGGCAUCAUAUACCCCCAUGACGACCCACUAAUCAUUCAGGCAGACAUCUCUAAUUUCGAUGUCGGGCGCAUCGUGGUUGACACCGGUAGCUCAGUCAGUGUCAUGUUAGCCGAGGCAUUCAACGAACUCCAGGUCCCUAACCAUCUGUUGGAUCGCAGUAUCACCCCCUUAUAA